AUGGAUAUUCACUGCAAAGCAGACCCCUUCACCGCGAUGCACCGUAAGUACCACAACCCGAGGCACGGAGGUGUGAACCAGCUCGGCGGGGUGUUUGUGAACGGCAGACCCCUCCCGGACGUGGUGAGGCAGAGGAUAGUGGAGCUGGCCCACCAGGGCGUCCGACCCUGCGACAUCUCCAGACAGCUGCGGGUCAGCCACGGCUGCGUCAGCAAGAUCCUGGGCAGAUACUACGAGACUGGCAGCAUCAAACCAGGCGUGAUUGGUGGAUCCAAACCUAAAGUGGCCACUCCAAAAGUGGUGGACAAAAUCGCAGACUACAAGAGACAAAACCCCACCAUGUUUGCCUGGGAGAUCAGAGACAGACUGCUGGCAGAGGGAGUCUGCGACAACGACACUGUUCCCAGCGUCUCGUCCAUUAACAGGAUCAUCCGAACAAAAGUCCAGCAGCCUUUCCAUCCAUCUCCUGAUGGGUCAUCCCUGUCGACACCAGGCCAUACUAUAGUACCAAGUCAAGCAUCUCCGCCUGUAACCAGCGCCUCCAACGACCCCGCAGGAUCCUACUCCAUCAAUGGGAUUCUGGGUAUUCCACGAUCCAACGGUGAAAAGAGGAAAAGAGAUGAAGAUGGUUCAGAUGGUUCUGGCCCAAACAGUGAUUCUCAGGGUAGUGUGGAGAGUUUGCGGAAACACCUUAGGGCAGAUGCCUUCACCCAGCAGCAGCUGGAAGCGCUGGACCGGGUCUUUGAACGCCCCUCGUACCCUGACGUCUUCCCUACAUCGGAGCACAUCAAACCUGAACAGGCUAAUGAGUACUCGCUCCCUGGCCUGCAUUCCAGCCUGGACGAAGUCAAGCCCAGUUUAUCCUCUAGCGUCAACCCAGACCUGGGCCCCAGCGUGUCGCAAAGCUACCCUGUAGUGACGGGUCGAGAUAUGUCCAACACAACCUUACCUGGGUACCCCCCUCACGUUCCCCCCACAGGCCAGGGCAGCUACCCGACCUCCACGCUCGCUGGAAUGGUUCCUGGGAGUGAGUUUUCGGGGAACCCCUACAGUCACCCACAGUACACAAGCUACAAUGACGCCUGGCGAUUCAGCAACCCAGCAUUACUAAUGCCGCAUCCAGAGGCUCCGCCCCUCCCACUGCUGCCACUGCCUAUGACCGUCACUAGUUACCAUGGAAACCAAAUCAACCUGCAGGACCAUGGCCUUAGCCUCCAUAUUGCCCCGGUGUGA